CAGUGAGACAACUCUGUACGUGUGGUGGAUUAGACAUGGGUUUGAGUGCUGCCAGGUCUUCUCAUGGACCUCCAUAAAGCAGUGUGUGUGUUUGCAGGGCUCCUGCAGUGAGCUGAUGGCUUGUUGGCUGAGUUCUUCGGUAAUGUCGCCUCUCAGAGUUUGUUGUAUGUUCGGCAGCAGCAGCGUGUUUCCAGGAGCAGCCAGGACGAUCUGUGCAAACGCCCACAGAAGCUUAUUACUAGCUGGAGGUGCAGCCGCUCACUUCAGCCGCUUCACUUGUCAGACAGGUGCUCUGUGGAACGGGAGCAGAGGAUUUCUCUCUCGUGGCGGAGGCACGGCCGUCAAGCAGCAGACUCUGGAGGACAUCGCUAAGAACAUCCAAAAAAAGAAGUACAAACGGGUGGUGGUGAUGGCCGGAGCUGGGAUCAGCACUCCAAGUGGCAUCCCAGACUUUAGGUCUCCUGGCAGUGGUCUCUAUGAUAACCUGCAGCAGUACAACCUGCCCUAUGCCGAGGCCAUUUUUGAGAUAGAAUUUUUUCAUCGAGACCCAACUCCCUUCUUCACUCUGGCCAGAGAGCUGUAUCCAGGAAACUACAAGCCUAAUUUGACACACUACUUUGUGUGUCUGCUUCACAAGAAGGGCCAGCUCCUCCGAAUGUACACRCAGAACAUCGACGGGCUGGAGAGACUGGCAGGAAUUCCCCCAGAAAUGUUGGUGGAGGCCCACGGGACAUUUGCCACCGCCACCUGCACCUCGUGUCUGAGAAAAUAUAACGGCGAAGACCUCCACCCAGCUGUGAUGACUGGGACAGUCCCUAAAUGUCCCACCUGUAAGGGCGUGAUAAAACCMGACAUUGUGUUUUUUGGGGAGGAACUUCCACCACGUUUCUUUAAAUACCUAACAGACUUCCCAAUCGCAGACCUGCUGAUCGUCAUGGGCACUUCACUGGAGGUGGAGCCAUUUGCCAGUCUGGCAGGAUCUGUUCGCAGCUCCGUUCCCCGUCUCCUCAUCAAUAAAAACCUGGUGGGGCCGUUCGCGUGGGGCCCCCGACCUCAGGACGUGGUGCAGCUGGGAGAUGUGGUCAGCGGCGUGCAGGCCCUCGUUGAUGCCCUUGGCUGGAACCAGGAUUUAAACACUCUGAUGGCGACUGGUGCUGAGAAAUCUACAAGAAAAAGAGAAGAGUGAGUUAGUUCUCUGAUGGAGGCUCAUUGAACUGCAGCUGACUUCUUUUUAACUGAUCGUACAAACAGACAAAUGACCUCUUUAUUAGAUUAGAUAAUGACUACUGAGGAUUUUAAAUUUAACAUGAAUUUCAGGUAAGUGAUGCACAUCAGGUUGCCUUUUCGUUAAAUGGCUGUUAAUCAGAAACAAAACACCCUGAUGGUGGACUCAUGGUUCAGAAACAAAGCAGUGGAAACAUCAAUAUACAUAAUCCUGUGAUAAUAAGAAUAAAGGAAAUUAGUUUUUUUAUUGUA